UCAAUGAGGAAAAAAGAAAACACAAAGUGAAACCAAACAGAAAGAGAAUGAAGGAGGGAGGAGGGAGUGAUGAGUGCUUAAAACAGCAGGUGGACAUGAGGCAAAGGAUUCAUAAUCUUCAUUGAGCUGGCAUGUAUGUGUAUGAGUUUAUGAGUGUGUGUGUGUGUGUCUGAAGUACUGUGAGGUAGAGCAAUCUGAGCAGGAGUGGGGAAAAACUGAAAACCUGGGCACUGGGAUAGGGCAGAUAAAAAAAAAAAGUGUUGUGAAAGGUAAAAGCAGGAGAAGGAGGAAGAGGGAGAGAGAAAAUUUGGACAGACUGAAGGGUAAGACUAACAGCAGGGGAGCAGUAUGAGGGGACAGCAUGUAAAGUCUUUCUUCUCUUUCAUGAUCACUCUCCUCGGUUUGGGGACCCUGAUAACCACUCUCAUCUGGUACAAGUUGGACAGCAAUCAUGAGGAACCUCACCGACCACCUCCUCAAAAGAAACAUGCCCCAACGCUGUCAGAAAUUUGCAAAGCCUGCAAGGAAAUCAUUGACAAAGUACAUCAGCGUUACAAUCAAACCUGGAAGAAGAAUGAGAAAAAUUACUUAAGAUUCAGAGACAAUCUGAGAGUUAAGUGCAAUGGCUUUGACAACGCCAUUAUUACUCAGAACAAUACUCCUCUAGGAUCGAAUAUUGUUUACAGUGGGGAAAAGAAGAGGACUCUUCAGGUGAAAUUGGACUUUUUCGACUUGUUUUCGAAGGAGAAUCCUUUCUCAAAUAAGAAAUGGGACACUUGUUCGGUUGUUGGGAAUGGUGGGAUCCUGUCUGAGAGCAGCUGUGGAAAAAUGAUUGAUUCAGCUGACCUUGUUAUCAGGUGCAACUUACCUCCUUUGGAAAAUGGAUAUGAGAAAGAUGUUGGCAUCAAAACUAGCCUUGUGACAGCAAACCCAACCAUCUUCUUUAAUAAGUAUGGCGCGCUGGCUGGACGUCGCCUUCCAUUUGUGGAGAGUCUUCGCAAGUACGGCAACUCUCUACUGCUCCUUCCUGCCUUCUCCUUUGGCAUGAAUACUGCUGUGUGUCAGCGGGCUGCAUAUACAAUACAGGACUUUAAAAGCCCUAUUCAACCUGUUUUCUUCAACCCUCAGUACCUUGACAGUCUGGCCCAAUUCUGGCGCUCUGAAGGCCUGAAAGAAGCGCGGCUCAGCACUGGAUUAAUUAUGGUUAGCAUGGCCCUGGAACUGUGUGAAAAUGUGCAUCUGUAUGGAUUCUGGCCCUUUAGUAAUCACCCAUAUGGCCUCUAUACCCUGACUAACCACUACUAUGAUGACGUUCCACCUAAAACGGUUUUCCACUCAAUGCCGGCUGAGUUUGACCACUUGUUGCAGCUUCACACUGAAGGGGUACUCAGGCUUCACCUGGGAGACUGUAAAUCAGAUGAAAAAUAGUUCCCAGGGAUAGACAACAGCACAGAAGCAAAGCACAGAAGCAAGUACCUCUGCUAUAGCCUCAGGAUGAAACUUUAUCACAAAUAUCUCUCACCCUGUAUUCUGAAAUACCUCGAUUACAUGAAGAUCCAUCCAUCCUUUCUCUUGAUUUUUAGACAGAAAACUCUAACGCACUUAAUAUAGGGACUAUUUUGACAAUUUCUUAAAAAAUGUAACCACGAAAAGUACUUUGGUACCAGCAGAAGAUAAAUGUAUAGUGCCUGAUUAAAGUGCAAAAAUAAUAUCACACAACUACCACAUUUGUCCGAUUUUAAGUGAGAUUCAUGCUUUGUGUUUAAUCUGCACCACAGGUACUGUACAGCAUAACUUCAAACCUCCCUGAAACCCAGUGCCAUAAUUAGUAACUGGACCUGCACUUCCAUAGAAUCGUAAUUAAACACUGAGUGGAUGCAGUCUACAAUGACUGUGAUUGGCCCGAUCAGUGCUGUCAUUUCCUAAGCAUUUCUAGCUACUUCUUUUACUGCUGCCAUUUUCUAAAUUGACUGGAAGGGAAUGGAUGAACUUGAAUAGAGAACUUUGCUGGCCACUUUCAUAAGCUACACCCUAGUCUCUGUAUAGAUUCAGUGCACAAUUACAAAUUACACAUAAUUUUCACUAACAUUUCUACAUGUGAUGCAGGCAAGAGGCAAUGGUUUGUGUCCAUUUAUCUUUGUAUUGGUCCUUUGCAAAACAAUUUUUAAAGUCCCAGUGCUGCUGAAUUUCUGACCAUUACUGCUCGCUCCCGUUUCUGUCACUUUGACCAGUCCCACAGUAUUUCUGUCCAACCACACUCUAAGUUUAUUCAAAUUCAGCAAAAAUUUCAAAGUUUUGGCCUUGAUUUGUCUGUUGCAAUGUUUAUCCUUGACCAACAUUUUUCUGUUGAUCCAGGAAUAACACAGGCAUGUGGAUAUCAGAUACAUGUGUUGGCAGGGCAGUGCGGGUUAGGUGUAUUCUGGUUGUACUGGUACUGUUCAUGGCUGUUCGUUGUUGUUUCAUAAACAGUAUGAGAUGAGAGGGAAAAUUAAGUGAACGUGAAUAAAUACUUAUCAAAAAUUUUUGGAACAGUGGAUGCGGUGACAUUCACUUGUGGGUAGUAAUUUCAGAGUCCAAAGUAUUUGGAGCAAUCAACCAUUUAAAUGUUAUAGUGUAGUCAAUGCCAAGUAUUUAGUUUGUCUAAACACAUGUGUAAAGGUGAGAAACUUGACAUAUGUUAAAGAAGAUAGCACUUGCAACGUUCAAAUCCAAACAAAAGCCAUCACGUGGUUUAUAAAAUGCUGACAUCUGUGUAAAAACAUAUAUUAUUUAUUCAUUUUUUAUAUAUUGAGAUGGUUUGGGCAGAGGUGGAAUAGUGCAUACAUUACACAAAGCAUGUUGAAUAUAGAGCUGCCAGGUAGCAGAAGAAAAGUAAGAGCACAGAGAAGAUUCAUCUAUGUAGUGAAGAAGGACAUGCAGAGGGUUCGUAUGAGGAGGGCACUAGAGAUAGGGUGAGAUGGAGGCAGAUGAUCCAGUGUGGUGACCCCUAAAGGAAGCAGCCAAAAGAAGGAGAUAUUCACGAAUCUGUGUAUGUUGUUCAUUAAUGUUACAACAGACACACACACACAGACACACACACACUGCGAACUACUCUACUCCUGGAAAAAAUUACUCCGCCAAUUGUAAGUCAUCGAUCAUACUGACUGUACAUGAUACAAAGGGUGCUAUGUACUUUUAUAAAACAAACAAAAUCUGUAUCAAGACCACCAGCAUACUUUCUGGGGCUGACAUUUGUGGAGUCAGCAUAUGUCCCAGCAGUGGCCAUCAACAGCCUUUUGAUUGCUAUCACUCAGAGAAUGGACUUUGUUAAACUGUGAUAAAUAUGACAUUGUCUCUAACAAGUACUGACUGACUACUAUCUCCUUACAGUAGGUGUGGAUAUUUGUCUUGCCAUACUGGCAGAGAAUCAGUAUGUUUGCUGGUCUGACUAUUUCAUUAUAAUCAAACCAUUAUUCCAGUAAUCAAGAUUAGUGAGUUUGUGAACCCUCAUUUCCUCAUUCAUAGUUAUCACUCCAUGACUAUGUGGAGUGUAAAGCAGCUGUCACACUGUUUGCCAGCUUCCCUGCACUGGAAACACUUACUGUAAGUUACUGUAGUAAUGACAAUAAAAAUAAAAUAAAAUAAAAAAACAUCCGUGUAAAGCUUGAUGGUCACUGAUCACUGAUCAUUCAGUUGUUGUGUUGUAACUGGUCACACUAAUAGAAAGAUGUCUCUCAUGGUUGGGGUUUGGAGUUAAUGUGAAUAUUUGAGUGAAGUUAAGGUUGAAAUGAUUUCACAACUCUAAAUCUAAAUCAGUCUCAGUGGGUCUACUCAUAACUGGAUCCACCUGAGGGUAUCACAGGUUUGAUAAUGGACCAUCAUAUUAUGUGUGGGCCGACUUGCACUGCAAGAUGUAUGCAAAACAGAUUAGUAUUGUGGAUUCAGAUCCAGAUCAUUCCCAGAUUUAGAUUCUCCUGGACCCAUCUCUAUCUGCCUUUGGCUCCUGGGGGUUGUUUAGUGUAAAGAAACUAACACGAACAAGCAACAUCUGCUGCUUGUUUCAUGUCUUGAUUUUUCCUUCAAUGUUUUGACAUGGCAUUACGUCAAUCUGAUGUGUCAUUUAUAUAGUCAUAUAGUCAUGUUAUGUUUUAUAAACAGGGACCUGUUCUCCCUAUUGGUUUACUUAUUUGGCCACUUAAGUAUGUUUGUCCUGUGCUAAAGCUAAGCAAUUUGUACAAGGUCAUCUCUAAUAACAAAAAGACCUUUAAAAUAUGGAAGUCUUUUAGCUUUAAAUAAUUAAGAAGAAUAAGACGGAUAAACUUCAUAAUCUCAUAUAGGAAAUUUGUCUUGAACAAAUACCCCCAGCUAGAUUCACGGAAUAAAAACCAGCAUAAAAAUUCAGUAAAUAAAUAAAUAAAUAGAUUAAAAAAAAAUGAUCAGUUAAUGUAUUUCCCAUAAUAAAACUCCAGCCAACAUCCAAGUAGACAACAAUGUGUUUUUCACUGUGCUAAGUCCUUAUUUUAAAGUGCAGCAGAUGCAGGGAGUAAUGAGAGCUUAUAGUGGUUUGUUUUAGAGCCACUUCCUUCAUUCUGUCUUCCUGAUGGUAAUAACUCGUACUCUGGAAAAAUGAUAUUGGAUGGAGCAGUAACAGUUUUAUGAUCCUCAUAAAUUUAAGAAUAAGAAUAAGAAUAAGAAGAACUUUAUUUAUC